AUGAAAGAUCCUAUCUACACAAAUGGUAUGUUCGUCUGGACAGCCAUUUCUCUUGCAGUGGCAGCUCCCCUGUUACUCCUGCUCCUCAACACUUUUCAUAGCUGGAAAAGUAGUACCACCAACUCAAGGCGGUUACCACCGGGUCCUCCAGGUUGGCCAUUGAUCGGAAACCUCUUAGAUUUAGGCUACAACUAUAAGGCGCCACACAAAAGAUUGGUACAACUUCAAAAGAAAUACGGACCAGUUUUCAUGAUACGUAUGGGUGUGGUGAAUACGCUAGUUAUUGCUUCCGCCGAUGCUGCUAUGGAGUUAUUCAAAAGUCAUGAUCAAGCUUUUAUCAAUCGUCAUCCGAUCCAGGCGCUGCAACCAUCAAAUGAUGAUUAUCACGGGACUCCAUGGUCUCCACAUGGACCAAUCUGGCGAAUGAAUAGGCGGCUAUAUGCAAAUUUUUUCUCUCGCACGACAAUGAAGAAUACUUUAGUUAGAAGGAGACAAUUUGUAGAUCAGAUAAUAGAAUGGAUAUCUGUAGAAGAGAAGGAAGGUAGAAGUGUUGAAAUAAAACACUUGAGUUUGGUCGCCUUUGCUAAUUUACUGGGAAAUCUCUUCUUUUCUAAGGAUGUCAUGCAUCUUAAAUCUGCAACGGGGACAAAACUCUAUCAACUGCUUGGGGAGAUUGUAGAAUUAGCUACGACGCCUAAUCUAGCUGAUUUCUUCCCAUGGUUACGAAGUUUAGACCCACAGAAUUUGGCCAAAAGAACGUUGAAGGCGGUGCAUGCAUGUGCAAACAUUGUUGAUGGCUUUGCAAAGGAACGAAGGAGCAUGAACGUUUUACGCAAUAACAACGAGGAGAAGGAUUAUUGGGAUUUGUUGAUGGACUUCGAAGGCAAUGGCAAAGAUGAACCAAGGAAACUGUCAGAAAGACACAUUAAUUGGUUUAUAACGGAAAUUUUUAUCGGUGGAAGCGAUUCUCUGAUCAAUUCCAUAGAAUGGGUAAUGACAGAAGUUGUUCGCAAUCCAGAGGUAAUGAAGAAGGCCAAAGAUGAGAUUGCCCAAGUUGUUGGUUAUAAUAGAAGGAUUGAAGAAAGUGAUAUUGAAAACUUAUCCUAUCUAGGCGCGGUGAUAAAAGAAACACUGAGAUUGCAUCCUGCCGCUCCUUUGCUCAUACCGCGCACUACUGUUGAAGACACAAAAUUCAUGGGGUAUAUUAUACCUAAGGACACAGCAGUGUUGGUUAAUGUUUGGGGUAUUGGAAGGGAUUCAGCUUCAUGGGAUGAUCCAUUCUCGUUCAAUCCAGAACGUUUCUUAGGAAAUACUACUGAUUACCGCGGACAACAUUUUCAAUAUUUACCGUUUGGAUCUGGAAGGCGUAUGUGUGCUGGCUACCCCAUGGCUCACCGAAUUCUUCACAUUGUGGUUGGGUCAUUGCUCCAAUCUUUUGAUUGGACCCUUGAAAAUGGCGUCACACCUGAAUCCAUCGACAUGAGGGAAAAGCUACAGACGUCCUUGCAAAAGUAUACUCCUUUAAGAAUAAUACCAAGAGCAUCAGCGCUUGCAGUGUGACUUCAAAUACUCGACAACAUUGGAAUUGUAACCUAUGUUAUGCAUCCAUGAACUUAGAAAUUUAAU